AUGGAAUCCCGGCUAGAUUUGAUAACAACACAAUUAUCAGGAUUGGUUACAAGUAUUAAUGAUAUUCGUACAAUGCUGGUUUUGCAAAAUGAUAAAAUUGAUUUGUGUAUUGCAAAAAUUAAUACUAUGGAGACGAAAAAUAUAGAUAUGCAUUCUAAGAUCUCCGAACUUGAAAGACAAGUUCAGUCAAUAAGCACUAAAGACCUAUACAGUGAGUUUAGAAAUAGAUUUGAAAGAGAAAACAAUGUUAUCAUGUACGGUAUAGAAGAAUCAUUAGAUACUGAAGGAGCAGUUAAGGACAUAUUGAAUAAGGUUUAUAGACUAGGACAGUUGCAAAAUAAUAACAGCGUCCCUCGUCCUUUAAAAAUUGAGUUUCAAACAAAAGAAAUAGCUCUAUCAGUAUUACGUAACAAACUUAAAUUGCCCAAAUCGAAAUAUCCUAAUUUGAAAAUUUCUAAUGAUUAUACACCUCGUCAAAAAGAAGAGAUAAGUUCGGUGUUUAAGGAACUAGAGGAACGAAAAGCUAAAGGAGAAAACUUGAAAAUAAAAUUCUUUAAUGGUCAACCGCAAAUUAUUUCUGGAACAACAAAAAUAAGACGUGAAGAUUUCUCGCCUAAUCAAAAUAUACCAAAAAUUACCAGAACCGAAUAA